AAGGACAUAUAAAAUCCAGAAAAUAGGUCAACCUAUCAUACCACAUCCGUCUUGACGGGCAGAAGUGACUGGCAGUCAUUUGAGAUUUUACCAUGGAGAACAUAUUGGCCAGGCAGAGUUUGAAAACAUGGACAGCUUUGAUAAUGGUUGGAAUAUUUCUUUUCGUUGCGCAAAAGUCAUUCUUCACAAAGGACAGACAGGAUUGUCCAGAGCAACCCCACGCUGAUAUCCUGCCCAAUGCUCAUUUCCGUCAUGUGGAUGUGAUAAGGAAGAAAGAAGAGGACACGAAAGUUGUCGCACCAGACACCUUUCAAGGAGGUAAAAACGACGAGGAACCUUUUGCAAUUCCAACCGACGAUGUUUUAAAGAAAAUGUCACUUGAAAACUUGUCGCUACUUUAUCACAGGUUUGUGGAUAAUGUCGGUGUGCUGUGUAGAAACAUCAACCGUCUGGGUAAACUUAGUGACGGCGGAUGGGAGGUGUGCCACGAUCAGCGAUACAGGCCCCCAAGCGAAUGUCGUAAACACAUCACACCAACUUAA